AUGCGUGUUGAUGAUAUGUCAUCUGAUUUUAAGUUAGACAUUGUUACUCAGCAUGACUCUGCAGAACCAGGGUUAAGCACCACCAUGAGUUCAAAACUAUCACUAGAUGAAAAGGCCAAUGCAGUGCACACAAUUUUCAAUGGAGUUCAUGAGCAAGGAAAAUUGUCAAUUAACAACUUCGCGAUAAACACAGAACGAAGAGCUUUGAAUGAUAGAUUUCUUAAAGCAAAUAAAGCUACAGUUGGUGAUAAUGUCGGUCUUCAUAUUGAUGGCGAAGAAAGGCACCGUUUGCAUGGAUCAGCUAAGAAGUCUGGACCUCUUAUCUCUGGAACAGCUUACUGUAUUUCUUCUUGCUGCAUGAUUAUGCUGAACAAAAUUGUUUUAUCAAGUUAUAAUUUCAAUGCAGGAAUAUCAUUGAUGUUUUAUCAAAACUUUAUCAGUACUAUGGUUGUUGUUCUGUUGGCUCUCUCUGGCAAAAUUUCAGUUGAAAGGCUCAAUUGGAGGCUGGUUAGGGUCUGGAUCCCAGUCAAUGUGAUAUUUAUUGGCAUGCUUGUCUCAGGCAUGUACAGUUUGAAAUACAUAAAUAUUGCAAUGGUGACAAUUCUCAAGAAUGUGACCAAUAUCUUAACAGCAAUUGGAGAAUUGUAUUUAUUUCGGAAACGUCAGAAUCCCAAAGUGUGGACUGCGAUGUUUGUGAUGAUUAUCUCUGCUGUCACUGGCGGUAUUACAGAUCUCUCCUUUGAUGCAGUUGGUUAUGCUUGGCAGAUUAUCAAUUGUGUUCUUACUGCAAGUUAUUCACUUACCCUUCGGUGGGUUAUGGACGAAGCAAAAAAGUCAACAAAAUCUGGAUCUCUUAAUGAAGUUUCAAUGGUGUUGUUGAACAAUUUAUUAUCUUUACCUUUUGCCAUCAUCAUGAUUUUCCUUUUUGGCGAGUGGGAUUAUGUAAUACAUGCCGACGUAGUUAAAUUGCCAGUAUUUUGGGUUGUUGCAACAGCUAGUGGACUGCUUGGACUUUCCAUCAGCUUUACCUCCAUGUGGUUCUUACAUCAAACUGGCCCUACAACAUAUAGUCUUGUAGGUUCCUUAAACAAGAUUCCAGUCUCUAUUGCUGGGAUUUUAGUGUUCAAAGUUCCUCUGAGUGUAUCAAAUUUAUUCAGUAUUUUGCUUGGUCUCUUUGCUGGUAUACUCUUUGCAAGAGCAAAGAUAUCGUGA